UGUUAUCACCAGAGACCCUCAGGGGGACUAGGAGGCAUGGUCACAGCUGAUCAGGGCCCAGGGACCCUCCUGUGUUAACAGCUUAGCCCCUGGGAAAAGGAGCAAAGCCCUCUUUUGGGCGCCUCUGGGAAGGGAGAGCAGGACUUCCUCUUCAGUUCUCCCAGGAACCUCACUGACUUCAGGCAGUCGGGCAGACUUGUUGCCACUGUAUGGACUGGUCCCUUAGUAGGGAUGGCAGUGAGACUGUUUUGAGAGGGGACAGUUGGAUGACUCACUGGGGUGAAUAGACCAAAUUGAGGUCAGUAGUGGGGGACUUGGGGUGGGGGUUGGCUCGGAGAGAAAAUGGAGAUCAAGGCCCACAUAUCCAAGGAGAAGCCAGGCCUGAAGCUGAAGACUUCAUUGAAGGACUCUCCUUUCCGUUACCCCAUUCAAAUCCAAUAUCACAUUACUAAGAGGAAUCUGUUGAGCAUGAGGUUCAUGGCUAUUAUCCUCACCACAGUGAGCUGGGUUAUCAUGCUUUUGGUCACCAACCAUCCCACGUGGGUCGUUCUGCGACACAACCGGAUAAAUUUAAUUAACAAAACGAUCAUCAGCAUCGCUCUCUGGGACAAUUGUUUAGAGUGCUCGAUUCCUUAUACUAUGUCAGUUUACAUCUUCCUUUCUCGAGGGAUCAUGUUUCUGGAUCUGGUCUUCACUUCCCUCCUCAUUCUCUCCAUGAUGUGCUCCUUUCGAAGAAUAUUCUGUCGUAUUUCCAAGUUGGACCUUAUCUUCUCCAUCGGGAACUACAUCUCAGGACUGGCCUUGUUCGGAUGCCUCAUGUUGUUCUCGAUGCAAGUUCUGGAUAUCUUCAGCCAGGAAGGCUGGAACUUCGAGCUCCAGUGGCCCUUCUACCUCGCCAGUGUCAGCAUCCUGGCCUUCUUUGCAGCUGGGACUAUCUGUCUCAACAGUUACAAAUAUUCCUGGAAUAUAUUAUACUUAUCUCCCAGCAAGCUUAUUUCCAGAUUAAAGAGACACAAACCAUCCAGAAGCUUACGGAAGCAAAUGAUCACGUCAAUCACCCCCCGAGAGUCUAUCCACACUGGCUACGAAAUCACCGGCAGCGAUCCUUAAUGGCCCUCAUGUUCUUUCCCACGGGCUUCUCUCUAGCUGAUCCCCGCUGCCCCACCCUGCCUCAGGCUACCUUCUCCUUGGCAGAGAGGGGUCCCAACUUGGGCUCUGGGCACUGGGUCGCCUCCCUGCUCAACCAGCCUGCCCCUUUGCACCCCUUCCCCUGCUCUCCCUGAAGUAAGAAUUGUGUCCAUGUUUAACAUAUAUUGGAUUAUUUGCCAUCUGGGGAGGGGGUGGGGGGAUACAAAGUUUUGCGAGCUUCAGUAUUGAAAAGUUUUCCAUG